AUGCUCGACGAUUCAGUUUCUGAAAUGAUGAUUUCUUUUUCUUUCUUAAAACAGAUAGGCUUCUCAUAUGACUUCAUGUUGGAGAGUACAUUCACUGGCUAUCUUAUACACUGUAAGGGGUGGACUUCUGUAUACAAUUACCCUAAGAGACCAUCUUUCUUGGGCUGCACCGCCAUUGAUGUGAAGGACGCUAUGGUUCAACUGAGAAAGUUUAAUUCUGCUCUCCUCCAAGUCACUCUCUCGAAAUUCUGCCCUCUCUCUUAUGCAAUGCCCAAGAUGUCUAUUCUACAAACUAUGUGUUAUGGGUACCUCACAUUCCAGCCUCUCGCCACCCUCCCAUUUCUCAUACUUGGCAUUGUUCCCCAAUUUUGCUUCUACAAAGGCAUCAUUCUCUAUCCUAAGUUUACAAGUCCAUGGUUUGCGGUAUUUGCGAUUAUAUGGGUGUCUUCACUUCUGCAACACUUACACGAGGUGGUGUCCGGUGGAGACCCGUGGAGGACAUGGUGCUAUGAACAACGAAUUUGGAUCAUAAAGACAGUGACAGGAAGCUUAUUUGGAUGUCUUGACGCUGUUAUGAAAAAGAUUGGCAUCACAGCAACAGUUUUCAGGUUAACGAACAAAGCGAUUGACAAAGAGAAGAUGGAGAAAUAUGAAAAGGGAACUUUUGAUUUCCAAGGUGCUGGGCUUUUCAUGGUUCCUUUGGUUAGUCUUGUCUUAUGGAACCUGGGAUGGGAAUGCUUUGCAUGUGCUCCAACUGGUUCUGGCAAAACAUUGGCUUUCGUCUGUCCUAUGCUUAUGAAACUUAAGAUACAAAAACGCUGUGAAUGGAACUGGCAUGUGAAGAAUUUUGGCACUGGAAAUUUUUCUGAAACAGAUUCUGAGUGUAAUGCCGACAGACUAGAUGAUACUGUCUCUGAGAAUAAUCAGGUGCUCACUCCUGGAAGGCCUUUGUAUGUUCUGUGA